AUGUCUCCGACUAAUAAGCUUCAGAUGUCAGAAGUGCUUGUCUCCUUGAGAAAUUUCUUUGAGGUGUUUGCUGGGGCUGAUGAUAACAUUUUUCUGAGAAGAUUUCGAGAAAAAGAAUUUCGGAAGAAGCUGAAAAAUCUGGGUGUGCCUAUAAGUCGAGAUGAAUCAAAGAAAUGGUUUUCUUUACUGGACAUCAGUCAAGAUGGUGAGGUGGAUUUACUUGACUGGGACAAUCUGCUUGAAGUUAACAUGAGUUUGUGUAAGCUGUUCACUGUACCCAACAUAAAGACAGGAGAACUGGAGCCUCUGGUUGUGACUCUGACGCAGAACGAAGAAGAUCAGAUGAAAAACAUGCUGAGGAGGGUGAACAAAGUCGUCAAGUAUGCUGCGGAGAAGGAGGUGCGUGUGAUGAUUGACGCGGAACAGACAUACUUCCAGCCUGCGAUCAGUCGCUUCACCAUGGAGAUGAUGAGGAAGUUCAACAAGGACGGAGCUGUGGUCUUUAACACUUACCAGUGCUAUCUGAAGCAAGCCUAUAACAACAUGAUCGUGGACAUGGAUCUUGCAAAACGAGAGAAUUUUUACUUUGGUGCAAAGCUGGUGAGAGGGGCAUACAUGGAACAGGAGCGAGACAGGGCUGUCACUCUAGGGUACGAAGACCCCAUCAACCCAUCGUAUGAUGAGACCACAAAGAUGUAUAACCGGGUUCUUGAGGAGGUCAUGACACAGAUCAAUUGUCGGGACCGCGGGAAGAUCGCUGUCAUGGUCGCCAGUCAUAACGAGGAUACGGUCCGAUACACCGUAGAAAUGAUGAAGCAGCAUGGGAUUCGACCAGAAGAUCGUCUUAUUUGUUUUGGUCAGUUGCUGGGGAUGUGUGAUCAGAUUAGCUUUCCACUCGGUCAAGCUGGUUACUCUGUGUACAAGUACGUCCCAUUCGGCCCCGUGGAGAAGGUUUUGCCGUACUUGUCGCGGAGAGCGAUGGAGAAUCGCGGAGUGCUCAAGAAAGUCAAGAAGGAGAAGUACCUGCUGUGGGAAGAACUCAAAAGACGGGUCAAAGCGGGACAGCUCUUCUACGACCCCCAAGAACACGUCCCACCACAUGCUGGUGUUAAAAUGUCUUCGUAAUACGCAGUGAGAUGAAAAUGAGAUGCCUGGAGGCAGUAUGGUGUUUCUGAGGAAAGUCCUCAUUAUACUGGUACAUGUCAUUUGCUCAGCUGGACAUUUUGAUCUCAGUGGGUUGUUGAGAGGUGCCAUCCUGAAAUUGGUUAUUAAGUCGUUUAUUUUCAGACCUGUCUAUCGAUACAACUAUUGUUUGUUUUGUACAUGAUUACAAGUCUGGGUAUAUUUCAAUAGGCAAAGUAAAAAACCACCUGACAUGAUCAUUGGUUUAAAUAGGAUUUUAUAUUGAGGGCACCCUCAAUGGGGGUAGGCAGGUCUGAUUUUAUCACAUGUAAUUUGUUUCAAAUAAGACAGAUGACAUUUUCUGGUUUUCACAUGAAUUCAGGCCAUAACCCUAGCUAGAAGCCUAGAAUACAAAAUCAUCAAAAUCAAGGUACAUGGGCUUUCAUCUGACAUGACAGAAUGUAAACUUAAAAUGCAAAAUCAAGGACUGGAAUAUUUUUAUGAAUUUUAUUGAAAAGACUUGUUUGUAUUCACAGUGUGAAAUUAACAGUAAUUUAUGGCUCAAUUCUUUUAGAAUUAACCAUUCUGAUUCAAAAUGUGUGUAAUCUUAACCUUUAUGUAAAGUACCCUGGACUGUGGUGCAGCCACAUGAUAAAUGUAUACAAUCUUUAAAAGAAAAUUGCUACAUGACAUUUUCAUGAUCUCAGAAAGAUAAAUCAAAUUAAUAUAUGAGCCUCUUAACAACCAGUUAGUUUUAAUAAAGAAUAUUAUGUCGUACAAGCUUUCUCAUAUUGCACCAUGACAUUUGUUUUACCUUUCAUGACCAUAAGAGAAGACUGCUUGAUUUUUGUCAACAGUUAUUAUUAAUCACAAAUAUUGUGUUUGAUUCUUUUGGCUGUUUGCAGUUUGACAUUUUGAGAGGUGAGAUGAACUUCAUGUAUAAUUUGUAGAACUAUAUAAUAUUUGUAGGUGUGUGAUAAAUGGAUAUAGGUUGGAUCUAAUUGAUGUUGGAUGUAAUCUAAAUUAGUAAUGAGCCGAGUGCAGGGUUGUAUUAUUUAUUGUUAUUAGGGAUCCAAGCCAUGUGUGCGGGUUAGCCCUAUUGUAAUCAUUAGAAUUAUUAUUUAUUUAUUUAUCUGUAGGUGUAUAUAGGCCAUAAUCACAUGUACAAAUAAUGACGACAGUUUGGUGCCGGUGACAGAUUGACAUGUCCAAACCAUAACACAUAUGUAGGACACUAUCUUGUGAGCCAUUAUUAAAUGUGCAUAUAUUCGCCAAAUACAUUAAAAUGUGAAUACUGUGUAGGGUAUGUGGUUAAGGUCUGUACCAAAUAAGAUAACAUGAGGGGUGUGUGGUAGUUAAAAAACCUUUUAUCCACCAAAUUUGUUUUUAGAAUCAAACAGUAUGUGUUUCUGUGGAGGUUUUUAAUAAAAUUUUCCAGCUUACUAUUAUGUAUCAAAAUGUUACUGACAUCUUCUCAUGAAGAGCGGCACAAGGAUAGGCUUUAGGAGGUAGUUGCUAGUAUAGGUAGAUGGAGAAUCAUGCCUCUCUCAUUGCCAAGGGCAAUAGGAAUCAGUACCCAUAUUUAUAAAACUAAAACUCAAAUCUUUAGUGGUGUCACAUACAUGCAGUUUGUAUGUAAUUGCUAAUAGGUUAAUUUUUCAAGACUUAUUAAAGUCUUUAGUCUAGACAUGGCUUUAUAAGAACAGGACCCAUACAUCUACUGUUAUUUAUAGAUUAAUUAACGUGAACACAUUCAUUUCACAUCUUACACUGAAGUAGUUUUUCAAUUAACAUACAAAUGAGAUUAUGUCUCAGCGAGUGAAAACAGUCUGCAUAAAAACUGAAGUUUAUAAUUUUAGCACAAAUGUCUACAGUGGGAGAUGGUGAGGGAUGGGUAAAGCAGUGACACAAAAUUGUAAGAGUACAGCAAGUUUGACAUAAAUAAAUCAAAGUAGGAUAGUUUUGUUGCACCUUUAAAGGAUAUUUAUAUUUACAAAAUAGACUUAACUGCAGCAUUUGGCACACAAAAAAUCACUAGCCAUCGGGCAUGGCAAUAGUAGUUAUUUACUAGCCCAACAUUGAAUAUCACUAGCCAUGGCAGUGGGGCUUCCAUAAUCUAGAAGCCCUGGUCAGUAACAUGGUUAACAUCCUGACACUAUGUAUGAUGGUUAUCAUUUCAGUCUCCAUCCUCAGUUACCAUUUGUGCAGGGUUCAAAAUAGGAAGUAAAAUAUGGUCCUGCUGUCAGUUUUUAAAAGUAGGAGGUCAAAAGAAAUAUGACCUGCUUAAGAAAAUAUAUGUCCUGCUACAAAUAAGACAAUAUGAGGCGAGGAGAGGGUUUGGGACAUGGUGUGGAAAAUGAGGAACUGUGUGAUAUACUUUAUUGCAUUAUGAAAUUAAAAUAUAACAGAGUUAUGAGAUAAAAAACCAGAUGAGAUAAGCAUACAUUCUCUUGGAAAAAUAGACUGCUUUUUAGCAGGCUGCUAUUUGGAGCCCUAUAGUGUGAUCCUUUAUUGCUUUCUGACAGUAUAUAAGUUAACCUACAAUACAUGCCAAGAUAAAUUUAUUCAUUGAUAACAGUGUACCUGAUCUCAUUGGCAUUAUGGUGUUACAGAUCCUCAUUGUCUGUUGAUUUGCAAGUUACUCGUUAUUUUUAUAAUGUUAAUAAUAUUGAUUUGCUGUUACUACAUAUUUAAAGAGAAAUUUGUCAAUAUCGGUUACACAAUAUUUUUACACUGUGCUCUUUUGCUUGCCGUCUUUCAUCUUUAAGACCACAGUAUAUAUGUAUAUUUUGGUGUGGUACGUUAUUUUAAUGUAAAGAUUGCAGUACCCGGUGGCUGGGGAAAAAUUGUGGUCAUAAGGAAGCAAAUGAGAAGCACUCAAAAAUAUAUAUUUACUAUGCAAGAAUUGUUUAAAUUGUAGCUUUGUCCAUACCGGUAUAAAUUGUAUUUUUGUCCAUACUGGUAUAAACUAUUAUUGUUAUAAUGAUAAUAAAGUAUAGACUUAAUGGAAAACUAUUACAUUGAAAAAUAUACAAUUAUUUAUAUUAUGUUAUGGAGAAAAUCUAUUGUUUUGUGGUCUGUUGGAAUGUGGAGGAUGUCAGAGCUGAUGCCGUCAGGAGCUGCAUUAAUGAUUGGCUAAUUGUUACAAAAAGUGGCCAAUAAAAUCUGCAUGUGAUUAACAUUUUAACUAAGCCUAUUUCAAUUUUAAGAUGUGAAGAAAUGUGUAGGCUUUUAUAUUUUAGUUUGUUAAUACAUAACAUUAGGUGGAAAAGAAAUGUUAAUAUAAUUAUAUAUACUCUGUAAAUUGCUUCUUAAAUUAAUUUGGCUACAACAGUUGGUACAUGAACAUAUUUAUUAGUAUUAUAUGCACAUACCGUAAUGUUAUUAGAAGAUAUUUAUUUAUUAUUUUAGCAGUUUAUUGAACAAAUCAAAAGGCAGCUGUAUAUAUAUAU